GCAGCAAGCCUGGAAGCUAUCCCAGCUUUCCCUCGACCUUCCAAGGAGCUCCGACCAAGGUCAUAAGUUGCUUCUCUGUGCUUCUUUGCUUCCCGGCCUCUUCCUCCGGCAGCCUCACGGCGUCUAGCAUGAUGCAACUCUUUGCGCCUUGGAAUCUGGUCCUGCCACUUUUAACCUUCUGUAUCGCAGAGCCGAUACCAAGGCCGGAAGCUGUACCACAACAGCUUACAAACAAUGCGCCUUUCUCUGGCGCGGUCUACAUCGUAAAUCCGAACGGUGAACAGAUUGUAGCGCAGGAUAGCAACUGGUGUCCAUCGUCGGCGUCCGUGAGCUGUAGUAACGUUCAUCAACCUAGCUGGUGUUGUCCGGCAAACUAUGCUUGUGCGGUACCCGGCAAUUCGAAUGGGCUCAUCGGCUGCUGCCCGAAUGGCAAUGCAUGUGCUGGAGCCGUAAACGUUGCGCAGGUCACCACCGUUACUGUCUAUCCUCAGCAGCAGACUGCAGUUGUGUAUGCGGAACCACCGCAUACGACUGUGUAUAACCAACCCAACCAAGCGCAAGGCGGUUUCUGCGCAACGAUAACAAUGGAUGGCCCCGGUCUUCCCCGGUCAGGGCAAGGGCAGUGUGGAACGAUAUUGAUUGUCAGUGUAGGCACACCAAGUCUGAAGACUCUAGGUGCCGGGAUGAGUGUAGUCGUGGUGCUGUUACACCUAGUACUCGGAAGAAUGUUCAACAGGCUUUGACAGUAAGUCGUGCCGUAUCUUUCAAAUUUUGACUUUGGUCGGGUUCUGCUAUGAUGUUACGAUUUACGAGUACAUGUACGUUACAAGAGCUAGAUGCCUGAUAUUCAAUUCAAUCAGAUAUAAGCUAGUUG